ACCCCUUGCUUGUCGUAAGACACGACUAAAUGGGGCGGUCCUUCGGAUGAGAUCGCAAAAACCGAGGUCCCGUGUCACAGUAGGUGUGGCACGAUAAAGAUCCCUCCCUGCUCAAUGGCCAUAAGCGCCGAACAUAGGCGUAAAUUUUGCAGCCCUUCACCGGCAGUGGUGACGUCUCCAUAAGAGUGAAAUAUUCUCGAGAGGGACGUUAAACAAUAUUUAAUCAAUCGGGGGUGACCCGCGACACCCACCCCCAGCAAGAGGGGGCCACUCCUCCUGUACCUACCCCCUCAGCGCUUCGCGCCUCGGUGAAACCUUCAGUUUCAUCGCAUGUGCCUACACAUUGAAACAGUCCUAGCUACGCCCCUGACCGGCAUUGGUGACGUCUCCAUAUGAGUGAAAUAUUCUCGAGCGUUAAACAAUAUUCAAUCAAUCAAUCAACCCAUGUCAAAAGACAAAAACAUUAUGGUCCGGACAACAAAAAUGCCCCCAAAACUUCUAUUAUUUGACCUUUACAUAAAAGUUCAAGGUCAAAGGUAAUCAAAAAUGGUACACGACACUCUGUCUUAUCAUGGUAUACCAAAUACCAAAGGCCUAGCCCAAAAAUUAUAUUAUUUGACCUUUACAUAGAAUGUCAAGGUCAAACGUAAUCACAAAUGACACGUGACACACCGUCUUAUUAUGGUAUACCCACAUACCAAAUAUCAAAGGCCUAUGUCUAAAGACAAAGAAGUUAUGGUCUGGACAACAAAAAUGCCCCAAAAAUUCUAUUAUUUGACCAUUACAUAAAAGGUCAAAGGCCAUAAAAAAUGGCAUGUGACAAAAUGUCUAAAAACAAAAAAGUUAUAUGGUCCGGACCAAAAAAAAUGUCUAAAAAUGUAAAGGUCAAGGUCAAAGGUCAUCAAAAAUGGUAUGCGAUACGCCAUACCUAAUAUCAAAGGCCUAUUUCAAAAUACAAAAAAGUUAUGGCCCGGACAAACUUUGUAUUAGAAGCGGAAGAAGAAGAAAAAGAAGAAGAAGAAUUCACACUAAAACAAUAUGCCCCCCCCCCCCCUCUGGGAAGGGUUGACAUACUAAAUUGAAAUAAAUUAACUUUUUAUACUUUUAUCAGAUAAUAAUACGAGUAUGGAGUUACCUUAAAGUUAAAAUUUAUACGAAAAUCGCGUCGGGUUUGGUAUUAUAGUUUUAUUGUCAUGUGACCACCAUAGCUCAUUAUUAUUCAUGAAGUAAGAUGGAUGUCUGCAGUGUAAACAGUAUGCAGAGAAAAAGGCUGAUACAGGUUCCCUUCAAAAUUUACAUCAUGACGGCAGUUAAUUUACCACCAGACUAGUGCUGAUGGGACAUUAAGCUCAAAAUGUCGGAAUGUGACUCCCGGGAUAACGGACAAUCCCCGAAUGGGCAUGUUCCCGAUAUUGGUCAAACUGAUGAUACAUCCCCAUCGGUUGAUGGCGCCGACGUUAGACAACACCCGACAGAUCACGGUUAUGCGUGGGUUAUAUUGGCAGCAUGUAUGGUUGCAGUCUUCCUUAUUACCGGGGCAUUUAGAUCAUUUGGUGUUCUAUAUGUCGAACUGAUCAGGAAAUUCAGUAGUAACGCAACAAUGGCGUCCUUAGUGCAGGGAAUUCUGAUAUUUGUCUGCAGCUCAGGAUCUGUAUGCGUGCUGAUCUUCGGUCUGAGACGAUUUUCCUGUCGUUUGUGGGUUAUAACCGGUGGUUUCCUGUACUUCUUUGGAUUUCUGUUGAGCAGCUUUGCAGGGUCAAUAGAGUUUCUUUUCUUCAGCUAUAGUUUUCUGAUUGGACUGGGAAUGGCACUCUCAUUUUCCGCUAUUGUUGUCACUGUGGGAACAUACUUCGAUAAAAGACGAGGACUUGCUUAUGGGUUAUUGAUGGCUGCUGGAAGUCUCGGAGGUUUAGUGUGUGCUCCUAUUCUACGUAUGUUACUGAAUGAAUAUUCUGUACAUGGUGCUCUUAUGAUAAUGGCGGCCAUAUCCAGCCAUAUCAUAGCUUGUGGGGCCUUACUUUGUCCACCAUCAUUUUAUAUCAAAAAGAGGGACAAGUCCAGUCCUUUUAAGUCCCUACAGUCAUCUAAGGAAGAGAAAGAUUUUUUAGUACCCCGAAUGAAAACAUAUUGUACUAUUGACCAUCGACUUUUUCAAUCAGAUCCGAACAUAAUUCUUCAGAAUUGGAAUCGCAACAAUGUGGACUUCCCAACAAAAAGCAGAAGCACUGACAUGAUUAACAUUGCCAAGUUUCAGCAUCAUGAUGCUCCAACAACAAAUAUAUAUAAAGGAUCCACAGCAAACGGAUUUUGUUUAAGCAUAUCAGCUAUAGACCUGCAUUUUGAAAACAAAGGAAUGGUAACCACAAAUACAGAAAACAAAAAUGAGCAAAUAUUUGACCUAAAGAUCUUUAAAAACACCUCAUUCUUACGACUUCUGUUCGCUUACGCUGUGGGCUCCAUCGCUGUAAGUCUUCCACAAGGUUAUCUACCAGCGUUUGCAAUGGAACAGGGAACAGAGGCUACCGAAGCUGCCCUUUUGAUAACCACAAGUAGCCUCUCUGACCUGAUCGGACGUUUGAUGAUUGGAUAUAUUUCAGACAAAAGACUAGUUAAACGUUCCUAUUUAAUAGCUCUCGGUAUGGCAAUCAACGGGAUAACAUUAUGCUUAUCUCCCCUCUAUAAAAGCUACUGGAGCAUGGUUUUAUUCAGUGUGUUUUAUGGCUUCUUCUCCAACUUUAUAUCGGCCUUGUAUACCUCCACGUUGCUGGACAUUCUGGGGCUGGAAUACUAUCGGAGCGCUCUUAGUGUGAUGUUCACCGGAUACGGCAUUGUAUCGGGAGGAACGGCCCCGUUCAUUGGUGAGUAUAUUCAUUUAAGGGUUUCUCUUUUCUGCAUGGGGACACAGGCAUUGUCUAUUUACCAGCGAUCGGUCACAUUAUGUGAAAGGCACUACAUCCAUUAUGAUAGUAAUUCUAAUUAUGUGUUUGCGCGGGAUUGUUAUUUUGAUAUAUUGAAAAACAAUUGAACCACAUCUUUUAUAAGUAUUCUCAAUAUCAUUAAUGAUUCGUAACAACAAGUAUUUUGAUUAUUUUUGACAACAGAAACAAAAUUUAAAGCAUUUUUCAUUAAUUCCUAAUCAAACAGAGUCAAAACCUGUGAGGAAGACAUGUGUAAAUGUUCUAAUGUUUUAAAAAAGGAAAUAUUUAUAAAAAUUGUAAUGGUUUAUUGUUAAUAUUUGUAAACCUACAACUAAAAUCUUCAAGUAAUAUGUCAUUUGAAAAAAAGAUAAUAUAUUAGACAAUGAUAUUUUUAAAAGAAAUUGAAGUGAAAUGACCAAAGUUAAGAAAUAUAAGAACCAAACCAGACAAAAAAGUAACAAGAUAUCAAGUUUUAAAACAGUCAUGUUAUUGUUAAUUUUAUGCACUUUUCAUUUUUUUAAAAACAGUUCACUUUUAUUGUAAACCAGUUUACACCACUGGAAUGGUUUUCUUAUUACGGUGUUCUCUAUGACUACUUUAAAAAAAAAAAAAAUUUCAAUCGGCUUUGGUUCAAAUUUGAAAACUCCUAAUAUGUAUUUCUAAAAUUUGGCUAUUUCAUUUCAGUUUCUUUUUAAAAUCAAAUUUUUUUUUCUUAUUGGAUUUUAGCCGCUCAUUUAAAACAUAUUAACAGAAACUUUUUUUUUUAUUUUCAUAAUUCUAUAUUUCUUUAUUUAAAACAUUAGAACAUCUUUAUGAGUCUUGUUAGAUAUUCAUAUAAUAUCAUAUUCCAACAUAUUUCAAGUUCAAGUCUACACCCUGUAUUCCCUACAAAUAUACUUAUACUCUUGCAUCCAAACUUUUUUAAUUAUAACCAAACUUAGCAGUGCCUAGGUAUAGACCAUCUUAUACUUGAUCAACCCAAGUGUUCUUGUUCAUGGUCUUCUUUCAACUAUAAUCCAGCUGGACAUGUCAUUACUGGUGAUGUUGAUAUACAUGUAGUUGAAAAUGAGGACCUCAAAUCACUUAUUUUAAAAGGUCCAAAAUACAGAGAACAUCGGUCUUUUAAUUGGCGACAGAACUUUAUCUCUAUUAUGAAUUCUGUCGAAGAUUAUGCCAGACGAUAGGUUAAUAUGAAAAAGAAGAACUUGAUACAUUGUCAGAAUGGAUUAAAAGGAUAAAAGGAAUAUUAAAAUCCCGCAUUAGACACAUCAAAACAAAAGUACGUACCUUCUAUUCUUCUGUGCUUAGUAAACCAGAAGUGAUAAAAAGAAUCAGAUAGGUUACAUGAGGAAUAUGUUUUGGUUCCAGCUGACAAAACUUGUAACAACAUUAUCUUUGUUUGUAAGGCUCAUUAUAACAACUGUUCUUUAAACGAAUUUUUGGUAACCGUACUUAUACUCCAACUAUCCUUUCAAAAGAUGAAAUUCUUCAUGCUUCAGUUUACGACACAUUUAAUAUCCCAAUCAACGUGUCGGAUGAAUAUGAGUUACCGAACCUACACUGGAUUCCUAAACUUCAUAAAAAACCAUUACAAAGAUACAUUGCUGGAUCCAGUAAAUGUUCUACCAAGGCCUAUAUUUGCUCCUCACAAAAAUAUUAGCAGCUGUGAAGGAGGAACUUCAAACGUACUCUGCCACUACAUAUGCCAGAAGUGGUGUAAAUCAAAUGUGGAUUCUAAAAAAAUUCUAAAGAACUUUUAGUAAACUUGAAAUCGCAAAACUUUUCUCAAAUCAACAUCAAAACGUAUGACUUUGCAACACUUUACACGACCAUUCAUCACGAUAGAUUAAAGACUAGACUUUUUGACAUCAUAGACAGUUGCUUCUUCAACAAAAAUUGAAAACGGAUAUAUUCAUAUCUAGAGAUCAAUCAUUCAAAUAUUACUUUGUGAAAGUUGACAUUAAAAAUUAUGCUGAAGUUCCUCUUUGACAAUAUCUUCGUAGUCUUUGGUUAUCUGGUCUUCCAACAGUCUUUUGAAAUUCCCGUGGGCACGACUUGUGCUCCUUUGUUAACUGACCUGUUUAUAUCUUUUUAUGAAGCAGAAUUUAUUAAAAAAUUUCUACGUGAGAAACCCUCAAUACGACAUUUAGAUAUAUCAACGAGGUUUUUAGGGAGAGGGCUUAAAUAGGCUAUGCCCGAUCCCGUUCACUUUGUGAAUAAGAUAUUUUUUAAACAUUAAACGUUUUAUCUAUCAACAAGAAUAAUGUUCAUUCAUAUGUCGAUUCGAUAUAUCCAUGUGAACUCGAAAUAAGAGACACCCCAUAGUCGUCCACUUCUGUUUUAUGCUUAAGAUAUUUCAUAAGUACGUUACAUGUUCAAUAAAUUGUUAUAACAUAUGUUAGACUUAAGAAGAAUUAAAUUUUCCUCCACCAGUUCAACUAGAAACAGUGUCUCCUCAGGUGAGAAGUUUUCACUUCGUUUCUUGUUUACAUUAGCCAUUAUUGUUUACAUAUUAUAAGACUACAGAUGUUGCAUUGUGGGAUACUAACCACUGGUUAAAUGUGCUUAACCCUUGGUUAGUAAACCUCACUUUGAGCAACAGAAAUUUGACCAGUGGUUGGUUACCCAGUGUAUAAUAAAUUUAACCAAGGUUUUGAGCAACCCAACCCUACAGUACUCUCAGUUGAAGAGAAUUUGCUAACAAUGUAUGCGAAUGCCAAAAUGAAACAAUGCGAUAAAUUUCAAACAAAUGAUGGGUUUUUUUGUUUUGUUUUGUAGGUGAUUUAAGGGACAAGACAGGGACAUACGUCUCGUGCUUUUAUCUGUUUGGAGGCGCUCAUAUCCUCUCUUCUCUUGUGUUAUUUACUGAAUGUUUGUCGUUUGCAUGAUAGAACGCUAUGUAAAGUAUUUAUUAGAAUUGUAUAACUUUUUCUAGUCCAGAAAUAAAAAAAAUUGUUGAAAA